UAGCCAGGACUCAGUCAGCAGCAACUGGGCAGUGGGUGGAUAUGUGGAGACCCUCGCUUAAGACCCUUGGGAGGUCUGGUGAGCCUGGCCUGGGAGCGCUUCGGAGCUGGAGCCCCUGGCCAGCUGUGCCCACUGUGCUCCUGGCCUCGUUGUCCCACGGCCAGUGAGCCUUUGUAGGAGGCUGUGCCAUUGUCUCCCAGCAGGAAGCAGGUAGAUGGGACUCCAGUUUCAGCCCCUCUCCGAGAUUUGGCAACCUGCGUACCCUCACAUGGAAGCACCCUUAGUGGGCGGCACCUGCCUUCAGGAUGUUGGAGGGAGCCAUGGACCUGCUGCGGGAGCUGAAGGCCAUGCCCGUCACGCUGCACCUGCUGCAGUCUACACGCGUCGGCAUGUCUGUCAACGCCCUGCGGAAGCAGAGUUCUGAUGAGGAGGUCAUCGCGCUGGCCAAGUCGCUCAUCAAGUCCUGGAAGAAGCUCCUGGAUGCUUCUGAUGCCAAAGCCAGGGAGCAGAGGAGGGGCGGGCCUCUGCCCACAUCGUCCUCGAAGGAGGCUCCCAAGGCCCAGGAUCCCAGCCACAAGAGGCCAGAGCUGCCCAGGAUGCCAUCGGCCCCGAGGAUCACCACGUUUCCCCCGGUGCCAGUCACCUGUGAUGCAGUGCGCAACAAGUGUCGUGAGCUGCUGACCGCCGCCCUGCAGACAGACCAUGAUCAUACGGCCGUUGGUGCAGACUGCGAGGGCCUGUCGGCCCAGAUUGAGGAAUGUAUCUUCCGGGACGUGGGGAACACGGACAUGAAGUAUAAAAACCGCGUGCGGAGCCGCAUCUCCAACCUCAAGGACGCUAAGAACCCCGAGCUGCGGCGGAAUGUGCUGUGUGGCGCCAUAACGCCCCAGCAGAUUGCCGUGAUGACGUCAGAGGAGAUGGCCAGCGACGAGCUGAAGGAGAUCCGGAAGGCAAUGACCAAGGAGGCCAUCCGAGAGCACCAGAUGGCUCGCACGGGGGGCACACAGACAGACCUCUUUACCUGCGGGAAGUGCAGGAAGAAGAACUGUACUUACACGCAGGUGCAGACCCGCAGCUCUGAUGAGCCCAUGACCACCUUCGUCGUCUGCAAUGAGUGUGGAAACCGCUGGAAGUUCUGCUGAGCCCUCGCUGACAUGUCUGAAGGCUUGGGCUGUGCCCAGUGUUGGCCACAGCCUUCCCUGCAUCCUCUGUCAACAGACAUAGCUUCUGGAGACCCGCCCUGUGCCUACCUGAACUUCCUCAGAGGGCUGUGCACCCCACCCCACCCCCUACCACCUGCUGUAUACCUUUCUUCCCUUUCCCCCCCAAAUUAUUAAA